AUGGGUGAAUCUGCUGUUCUUGCUCAUUCGUAUUCGUUUGCAGCUCCUAUUACCCGUAACGAUUCUCAUGAGGAUCACACAGUUCAUGCGUUGAGUCAAUCAGUAUCAUUUGGGAAAUUUAUGAGUGAGAAUCUUGAAUGGGGGAAAUGGUCAAGCUUUUCACAUAAGAAGUAUGUUGAAGAAGCAGAGAAAUACUCUCGUCCUGGAUCUGUUGCACAGAAGAAAGCUUUCUUUGAAGCUCAUUACAAGAGAAUAGCUGAAGCUAAGAAAGCUGCAACACAAGAACAAUCAACCGUAACCCCUGCUGAAGUCUUGCUUCAAACUUUGGAAACUCAGCCUCCCUUGAAUUUGCAACUAGACGAAGAAUCCGCAAGGAAAAGUAUUCAUCAGUUUGAUGAUCUUGUGGACGUUUCGGAUAACAAACCCGCUCUAGUGGAUGAUUCGACCGAUGAAUUGGAAGAAAAAGAGAAGGAAAAUGCGUUGAUUAGUGAUUCUGAUGACAAAGUCAAGGAGGACGUUUUGAAGGAGGAUUGGUCAGUUGGUGAGAAGAAGAAAGAGAGGAGAUCGAUAACUAAGAACAAACCGGUGUUUAGAUUGUCUCUGGAGAAAACAAUCCCUCCUAAAUCUAUAGAUACAGAGAUAGAGAAAAGAAGCGAAAGACCGAUGAAUCAGAAUGAAGAAAAACCGGCUCAUGGCCAGAGAUUCAGUUUCUUGAAAUGUUUUAUGGGUAAUGCCAAAGCUCAAGAUCAGAAUCAGACCAGGAAAAAGAGAAAGACCGAGAAGAAGAAGCAGUUUCGGUGUCUUUGUUUGAAGUAA